AUGCCCUCCUACUUUUAUCAUCUCGCGAUUGAACUCUUCACACGACCUCAGUCCGACUUGAACAGCUUUAGCAAAGAUCCAUCCUUGACUACCUCAUUAUCUUUUGAGUCCGCAUGCGAAGCUCUCCUCCCCUUCCAGAAGCGACCGUUAAGCUCAACCAACCGAAGUCUUCGCAAUCAGGCGCACAGGAAACACCGAUGGGAUUCUCCUGACGCCUCCGACGCCUCUAACGAAUUCCAUAACUACCCCGCAUCAAACAAAAAUCCCUCAUACACGCCCUCUUCGUCGUCCGCAUCGCCGCCCUAUACCAAACUACCCGCAAGCCCAUCUGAUCUGAAGAACGACCUCCGGCUAGACAAAGUAUCUAUCGAGUGCAUCGACAUGGUCCCUUCAACCAGGGAGAACCCGGUCACGACGGGCAUCGGAACAGACAUACUUGGUGGUCUCCGCACGAAGGGCCAGUAUACGCCGCUCGACCAGAAGACAUCGGACAGUGUUUGGGGGAUUGUACAUUUAUACCGCGAUACGCAGGAGACGCCUUUUUUAGGUGCGGAUGAGUACCCGGCUGAACUGAAGGGCUCUUCUGCUGCGGCUGCGAGGCAGUCGGUUGCUGAAUAUGGCUUUGGAGGAGAGGAUAGCACCAGCAGCAGCGGCAGCAGUAAGUUGCGACUGCGCGGUGUUGGCGGGGCAGCUUCACAGCCCGAUGAGGAGUGCACAACGCUCUGUGUACUUGCUGUACCGUCUUACAUGUCUGCAUCUGAUUUGUUGGGGUUUGUCGGCGAGGCGACGAUGGACGAUGUUAGUCACUUCCGGAUGAUACGGACGGCGAGGGCGAAUCGGUACAUGGUUUUGAUGAAGUUUAGGAGCGGGAAGAAGGCAAGGGAAUGGCAGAGAGUGUGGAAUGGGAAAGUUUUUAAUAGCAUGGAGCCCGAAACGUGCCAUGUUGUCUUUGUGAAGACGGUUGAGAUUCAGGGUGUCGAUCCGAUCAUUGAGAGUGGAAUGUCGCCGAAACAGCAAGCUGCACUACCAUCACACUCAACAACAUCCGGCCAGCGAACCAGUGUAUCAUCGCCAUCGCAACCGGGGAGUAUAGGUUCUGCAACGCUUUCAACAAAACCUUUGGCCCCUCCAACACCGUCGCUGAUUGAGCUGCCUACGUGUCCCGUUUGCCUGGAGCGGAUGGACGAGACUACGGGCCUGCUUACUAUCAUAUGCCAACACGUCUUCCAUUGCACAUGCCUCCAGAAGUGGAAAGGCAGUGGGUGUCCCGUAUGUCGCUACACGCAAGAUGAAUUCCGCAAGACGAGCCAAAGCCUCCCAUUUGAUGACGAAAACGCUGAAUGCAGCGUAUGCCACUCAGAUGUCAACCUCUGGGUCUGUCUCAUCUGCGGAAAUGUAGGAUGUGGACGAUACGAUAGCGCCCAUGCCUUCGCCCAUUACACCCAAACCUCACACACCUUCGCCAUGGAUCUCUCCACCCAGCGGGUCUGGGACUACGUCGGAGAUGCAUACGUGCACCGCAUCAUUCAGAGCAAGACGGACGGCAAGCUCGUCGAGCUUCCCGCGGCAGAUAACAGUGCGCUUGAUCCUCCAGAUUGGACCGACGCAGUUCCCCGCGAGAAACUAGAAAAUAUGAGUGUCGAAUACACCCAUCUCCUCACCAGCCAACUCGAAAGCCAGCGCGCCUACUUUGAGGGGAUCCUCGAACGCGCAGUCGACAAGGCAUCCCAAGCCAGUGCAGCUGCCUCUGUAGCCCAAGAAGCCGCAGACACCGCCACGGCAACCCUCCGCAGUCUCCAGGUCGAACACAAUAAAUUCAACGACGAAACUGUACCUAGCCUAGAGCGCGACAAAGCGCGUGCUGAAAAACGUGCGGAGAAAUUCGAGACCAUGGCGCGGAAGAUGGAGCGCGAGUGGCGUGAGGAGAAGACCAUGAAUGAGAGUCUCAUGGAGCGGAUUGAACAUCUCUCGACGGAGGUUGAGACGCUCAAGGCGAGCAACGUUGAUCUCGCUGAGCAGAACCGGGACUUGACUUUCUUUAUUAGUGGGUCGGAGAAGCUGAAGGACCAGGGUGAGGAGAUUGUGCAGGGGACUGUCAGUGUUCCUGAUCCGCCGAGUGGUUCGAAGAAGAAGGGGAAAGGGAGGAAGAAGUGA